UCCCCUAGGCAGGGCUCUGAGUGGCCAGGCUCCGCCUCCUUUCUGCUCCUCUCCCUGUUCCCUCCUGCCCUAGGCAGCGCUCUGAGUGGCCCGGGCUCCGCCUCCUCUCUGCUCCUCUCCCCAGUUCCUCCUUCCCUAGGCCCAGCUGAGUGGCCCGGGCUCCGCCUGCUCUCCUCCCUACUCCCUCCUCCCCUAGAUAUUACGGAAUGGCCCAAGCUCCGCCUCCUCUCUCCUCUCCUCUCCCCACCCCCUUCUCCCCUAGGCAGCGCUGAGUUGCGCAAGCUCCGCCUCCUUUAUCCUUCCUCCUCCCCUAGGCUGCCCUGCGUGGCGCAGGCUCCGCCUCCUCUCUCCUCUCCUCUCCCACUACCUCCUCCCUCCUCCUUUCCGGAGCUAACCGGCUCGAGCUUCGCCCCUUUCCCGCCCUUCCACCCCCGCCUCCGCCGGUAAGGCGCUCGAAUCUGCGCAAGCGCUGUAGCUGCAUUAGGCGAGCAGCCCUCCGAACCGGAAGUGGGCAACGCGGGAUUCGCCAUGGCCGUGGUGGCCGUGCACCUGGACUCGGACGCCUUCCUGGUGUGCCUCAACCACGCCCUGAGCACGGAGAAGGAGGAGGUGAUGGGGCUGUGCAUCGGCGAGGUGGAUGCCUGCAAGAUUGUGCACAUCCACUCGGUGAUCAUCCUGCGGCGCUCGGACAAGCGCAAGGACCGCGUGGAGAUCUCCCCCGAGCAGCUGUCGGCCGCAUCCACCGAGGCCGAGCGCCUGGCCGAACUCACGGGCCGCCCGGUGCGCGUGGUAGGCUGGUACCAUUCGCACCCGCACAUCACCGUGUGGCCGUCGCACGUGGACGUGCGCACGCAGGCCAUGUACCAGAUGAUGGACCAGGGCUUCGUGGGCCUCAUCUUCUCGUGCUUCAUCGAGGACAAGAACACCAAGACAGGCCGCCUCCUGUACACGUGCUUCCAGUCGGUGCAGGCGCAGAAGAGCGCCGACUACGAGAGGAUAGAGAUCCCCAUCCAUGUAGUGCCGCACGACACUAUCGGCAAGGUGUGCCUCGAGUCAGCCAUCGAGCUGCCCAAAAUCCUUUGCCAGGAGGAGCAGGAUGCGUACCGGCGCAUCCACAGCCUGCCCCACCUGGACUCGGUCACCAUGAUCCAUAACGGCUCCGUCUUCACCAAGAACCUGUGCAGCCAGAUGUCGGCCAUCAGCGGGCCCCUGCUGCAGUGGCUGGAGGACCGGCUGCAGCAGAACCAGCAGCGCGCGCGGGAACUGCAGCAGGAAAAGGAGCAGCUGCUGCAGGAGCUGGCCACCCUGGAUUGAGUCACCGAGGGGAAGGCGGGAGGGGGGCGGGGUUUCCUCUGAGGGAGGGGUCUUUCCUAGAGAUUACUCCUUGGUUCGCUCUGGGAUCGCCUGCCAGAUCUAGAGGGCAAAACUUGUACAGAGACUCGCUGUGGCCCGAUGAUGGACGAACCUGGUUUUUAUAUAAAGUAUUUUGGCAAAAAUUCCAACAGAAUUGUCUGUGCAUUUAAUUACUCAGAGAGCAGUGAAGAGGACUGUUAUGGGUAUAAGCAGACUGAAUUCAAUAUAGCAGCAAGCAGUUGAAGAAAUGCACAGGAAGAGAGAAAUGUGCAUUCUGGAAAGGGUCGGAGCCUCAAGCAUGCGCUGUCCUAGGUGCAGGGGAUGCCAAGACAGGAGCCUUCCUGGAGCCUGGGGAUGGCAGCAUGUGCCUCUGUACAGAUAUGUGCAAAGUAGAAAGGCCUGUAAGUGACUCAGUCCAUAGAAUCCUUAGGGUCAGAAAGCCCUGACUUGGAAUCUGCUAGUUUUGUGAGUCCAGGGCUCACACUUUAACUUUUCUCAUCUGUAAAAUGGGCAUUAAUAAUAGCACCUACCGCACUGCACAGGGUUGUUGUAAGGAUCAAAUGAUGGAGAUAUUAUGGGUGGUGGGGAUCAAGGAGAUGGAAUGGGAAAGACUUCAUUUAAAGUUGGCUUUUAUUGCCCGGAUGUAAUUAGAUGCUUCAUGCGUAUUAACUAAUAUGUAUCCAUGUAUAGUAAUGUGUAUAUGUGUUUAUGUAUGUAUAUACACAUACACCAAGAUGUAUAUUGUGUGUAUAUACACAUGUAAACAAAUACACAUACAACUGAGAUGUAUAUAUAGAAGUGACUUCCAAAAGAAAUGGCCUUUUUGGCCUAAUUUCAAAGUGCAUUCAUCAGUAUUAAUUAACAUACAUAUAUUUACGUACCAACCCAUACACCAGUAUAUGUAUGUAUUGUAUACCUGUACACACAUGUAUAUGUUUAUAUACAUGAUAUAUAUCAUAUGUGUAUACACAAGGGUUUGUCUUAAAUGGUUGAUAGGCCCAGAAUUAAGCAGGAAAAAAGUGAGCAAGAUCUUUGGUAACCUGAACUUUUUCCAGAAACACAGGCCCAUUUUUUAAUAUUAAAAAUUUAUCAAUGUAUAGUGACUAGUUAUAGAAUAGUCAGCAAAGAAUUUAAGAUGACUAUUACUCAGAGGGCAGUGAAGAGGAAUAUUGUGGAUAUGAGCAGACUGAAACAUAACAAGUAGUUGAAAAGAAGAAUGUCAUGGGAAAAUUUUUAAUGGUGGGCUUUACUAAAUUAAAAUAAUUGUUUCGUGAUAAGGCAAAGAAGGAAUAAC